CACACACACACACACCACACAGCAGGAAUACAAACUGGUGCAGGAGAAAAAAGACAAAUCUUGCACUCAUUCUGCAGACUGAAAAUAAAGCUUAUGCUUAGUUUGGUCAGUCACAAUGUGAUCUUUAACAAAUCCUAAGGGGUGACCAAUGAUGUCAACUAGCCAGCAGAGAUUUAUUUAGGGCUGUCGCUCCUCAGAUGCUCACCAGCAGCUGUUGUGAAUGUGUGUGAGCGCAUGCGUCUCUGGACUUUCCCAUUCUUCUGAUCGAACAACUUUGUCUGGAAAUCAGUCACAAUGACGCUCCAGUGGACGGCAGUGGCUUUCUUCCUCUAUGCAGAGAUUGCAGUCAACCUCAUCUUGUGUAUACCCUUCAUAUCAGCACGGAGAUGGCGUUCUGUUUUCAACUGGAGAAUAUGGAACUGGUUAUCUCCAUAUUGGAACAAAUGCUUCUUUACUAUGAUCAUGGUUCUUAUUGUUCUUUUCCUUGAUGCUGUCCGUGAGGUGCAGAAGUACUCCGGUCCUGAGCCCAUGCACGAUGCCAUGGUUAACCCAAAUUUGUUCGACAACGUCCACAUGAAGCUGUUCAGAGCCCAGAGGAACCUCUACAUAUCUGGCUUCUCUCUCUUCCUCUGGCUUAUCAUGCGUCGGAUUGUCACCUUGCUAAACCAGGUUGCUGUCACCGUGGAGAACAGUGCUGGUCUUCAGGCACAGAUGGACAGUGCUGUCAAAGCAACCAAGCAGCAUCAGGACGACAACCUAACGCUCAAACAAGCUCUCCUAGUGGAGGAAAAAGCCAUGUCAGCAAAAAACCAGCAACUGAAGCUGGAGGCUGAGACGCUGGCAGAUCAAGUGAAGGCUGCUGAGGGAGCUGUGCACAAGUCUCAUGCUGAAGUGGAGGCCAUGAGGAGGCAGGCCAAAGGUCUGGCACAAGAGUAUGAUAGACUAUUGUCGGAACACCAUCAACUCCAGAAUCUCCAAAAUGUGGACAAAAAAGAUCAGUAACCUCAGGAACACAGUGACAGCUGUUUUCAGGGUUCUCCUCUGUACAUGGAGACCUUCUCCUCUCAUCACAUUAGAACUGUGUGCAGUAUGUUUGUAUUAUCUUUUACGACGAUCAUCUUCCUUUGAGGUUUGAACUGAGCCACAUGUUUUAAUAGAUGGGUUUAAACCAACAGUUGGCUACAGCAUAUAAAUAGCAGCAUGUCAUCCUCUUACUAAAAUCUUUAUCAUGAACAUAAAAUAUGUCAUUUUGCAUGUCACUUUAAGUAUUAAAAGUGUAUAAUUUAAUAUAAAUGUUGUCUCAGGCGCUCAUGCUAAUUUUUGAUAAGGAUUAAACACAUGCAUUAUACUAUUAUGGUAAACUUUCACUGCAGAGAAAUCGUGCACCGGUUUACUUAAUGAUUUGAAUAGACCUGACCACCACAAGAGUCCUCCUGUAAGCACAUAAUGACUAAUGCAUACAUGCUGUACAUUAAGUCAGUGCAUUUGUAUGGUGGUCAUGAAUUCUAACCGUCUGUAAUGCAAGCAUAUCACAUGUGUUUGCAUUUCAUAUAAACCUCUAGACCAAAGCAUUUGUUCAGUGGGAGGAAAGCACUUGACUUGUUUUAACAGAUGUUCAAAUUCUUAAAAAUAAUGCACAUGAUCUGCCUUUUAAACUUUACUAAGCCUCCUGGAAUGGAAGAAUGGCAGAUCGACCUUCAGAACAUUAGUACGUAUAAUUUGACAAAGAAUUUUAAGUUGUCCCGGCUAUUCUUGACAUUUGUUGAUUUUGGUUGGUACAAGACAAAGGCGUGAGCAUGAAAAAUAAACACAUAAAAAGCCCAGA